AUGAGUUGGUGGAUCGUCAUUCUAUGCAUGGUCUUCAGCUUGAUUCUGGUCGAGAAGAAGGUGAGAAAACGCAGAAGAAACUUCCCUCCCGGACCAAGAGGUCUUCCCAUAAUAGGAAAUCUGCAUCAGCUUGGACCACAGCCUCACCUUUCCCUGUCCACGUUGUCGAAGAAGUACGGUCCGAUCAUGUACCUAAAGUUAGGAAGCGCGCCGAUGGUCGUGGCAUCAUCCCGAGAGACCGUGAAAGAGCUUCUCAAAACGCACGACCUGGAUUGUUGCUCUCGUCCCGUGUUGACUUACUCCUCGAGAUUCACUUACGACAACAAAGAUCUCGUUUUUUCGCCUUACAACGAUUACUGGAGAGAUCUACGAAAGAUGAGCGUUGUCGAACUCUACAGCUCGAAAAGGGUCCAAUCGUUUCGACACAUAAGGCAAGAAGAAGUCGCUUCAUUCGUCGGCUUCCUCAACCAAUCGGGUCUAUCCAAAACUCCGGUUAAUUUUAACCGGGAGUUGAUGAGAUUGUCGGGAAGUGUGAUAUGUAGGGUUGGUUUCGGUAUGAAUCUUAGAGGGAGCAAUCUCGAGGACAAGUACGAGGAAGUGGUUUUCCGAGCCAUGGAGGUGGUUGGGAGUUUUCCGGCAGCGGACUUCUUCCCGUAUUUCGGUUGGAUCAUCGAUAGAUUCACGGGAUUACACGCCAAAUGCGAGAAAGUUUUUCGCGAACUCGAUGACUUUUACGAAGAAGCGAUCAACCUUCAUCUAGGACGUGAGAACAAAGAUGGACAAGAAGAUAUCAUCGAUUUGCUUCUCAAGAUGGAGAGGGAACAAGUCGGAUUCGGGGAGUUCACGCUUACUCGAGACCACAUCAAAGCCAUCCUUGUGAACAUACUCCUGGCCGGGAUAGAUACUUCUGCCCAAACCGUGACAUGGGCGAUGACACAUUUGAUCAGAAACCCUAGAGUUAUGGAGAAAGUGCAAGCCGAAAUCAGAGAACGUGUCACGGACAAAGACAACAUCACCGAAGAAGACAUGGAACAUCUCGACUAUCUGAAAUCGGUAAUAAAAGAAACACUUCGAAUGAGUCCUGUUGUACCGCUUUUGAUCGCAAGAGAAGCAAUGAGAGAUAUGAAGAUCAACGGCUAUGAAAUCCCGAAGAAAACACGAAUCCAGAUCAAUGCACGGGCCGUCCAUCAUGAUCCCGAUGUAUGGAAAGAUCCAGAUAAUUUUAUCCCCGAGAGGUUUAUGGAUAACAAUGUAGACUACAAAGGUCAGAACUUCGAGCUGAUACCAUUCGGUGGUGGGAGGAGGAUGUGUCCCGGUUUAGGAUUGGGUAUGGCUUUGGUACAAUUAUCUCUUAUGAAUCUUCUUUACCGGUUCGAUUGGAAGCUUCCCGAUGGAAUGAAGAUGGAAGACGUUGAUCUUGAAGAAUCAUUUGGUAUCGUCAUCUCCAAGAAAGUACCGCUUCAGCUUGUACCGGUCCUCACUCAGUGGUCUUAACCGAAAACCGGUUUGCACGGUCUUGAAUAUAUAUAUAUAUAUAUUCUAAAGUUGGUGUGGUUUAUAAUAUGCACUUAGGGCAGGCAUGUUCCUUGGUACUGAACCUGAACAUGCCAACUAAAUAAAGCAUUGGUUUCCUUUAAA